GGAGGAGGAGGAGGAGGAGGAGGAGGAGGAAGGAGCUGGAGCAACGGGAGGAUGAUGGGCUUCCUGCGCCGGACGUUCAGCCGCCGCUCCCGCAGCCGCUUCCAGGCUAGAGAGAGGGACGAGCGGGACGGGACAGGUGGAGGAGGUGGAGGAGGGGGGGCUGGGGGGUCGACCGGGAACCCCCUGCUCCUGGCCCAUCAGCAGCAGGUCGUGCACGUUCCCGCCGUGGUCACCGGGGGGGCGGCGGUCCACAUCCCGGCGGCCGGGACGGCGAGGACCACCAUCAGCUGCCGGGUCCUGCUGCUGGACGGCUCGGAUGUCAACGUGGAUUUGCCUAGCAAAUCCAAAGGCCAGGACCUUUUUGACCAGAUCAUGUACCACAUAGAUCUGGUUGAGACAGACUACUUUGGACUGCAGUUCAUGGACACAGACCAAGUCUCACACUGGCUGGAUAUGUCCAAGCCCAUAAAGAAGCAGAUCCGAGACGUGUCUCCGUACAGACUCUUCUUCAGGGUGAAAUUUUACUCCUCGGAGCCAAAUAACCUGCGCGAGGAAUUCACAAGAUACCUGUUUGUGCUGCAGCUUCGGCAAGACAUUCUGUCUGGCAAGCUGAAAUGUCCGUAUGACAUCUCCGUUGAGCUGGCGGCAUAUUGUUUACAAAGUGAACUGGGAGACUGUGACUCAUUAGGUCACUCUCCUGUGCUGGUGUCAGAGUUUCGUUUCAGCCCCAAACAGAGCGAGCCCAUGGAGGCGGACAUCUUCAGCAGGUGGAUGGACCUCAGGGGGAAGAGCCCUUCUCAAGCAGAGAUUUCGUUUCUCAACAAAUGCAAGUGGCUGGAACUUUACGGAGUAGACAUGCACUUUGUCAAGGGCAGAGAUGGAGGAGAAUAUGCCCUUGGUCUCACUCCGACUGGGAUCUUAGUAUUUGAAGGCUCCAACAAAAUCGGGCUCUUCUUUUGGCCCAAAAUCACUCAGCUGGACUUUAAAAGGAGUCGACUGACGUUGGCUGUGGUGGAGGACGACGAUCAGGGUCGGGAGCAGGAGCAUACAUUUGUGUUCCAGCUGGCCAGCGCCAAGACCUGCAAGCACCUGUGGAAGUGCGCGGUGGAGAGCCACGCCUUCUUCCGGCUUCGACAACCAGCCACAGGCAAAACCCACAACAGUGACUUCACACGACUCGGGUCUCGCUUCAGAUUCAGUGGUAAGACGGAGUAUCAGGCCACUCACGGAGGCAGACUGAGGAGAACGAGCACAUUCGAGAGAAGGCCGAGCAAGCGAUACCCCUCCCGCUCGCAGUCGCUGGGCAAAGUUUCCAUUUCUCCUGCCAAGCCUCAACAUAUCAGCUCUCAUGCCAGCCCUGAUCCCGGCUUCCAUCCAUACCAGCACAACAUCCCUAUUGGCCGCGAUCCGUGGCACACAGCCCACCCAGCUCUCACGCCCCCGGUUUACCUGCGGCCCUCCGGACACACGCCGUCGCACAGUUUCCCACUGAGCUGUCCUGCGUCAGAACAUCAGUUCAGCAUCGAGGAGAAUGAGACAUCGUACUCUGACAAGAUCCACCAUCACAGACGCCACACACACAGCCAGGACACGCUCUGCCACACACACACCAAGAGCAAACGUCGAGCUCCUCCCUGCCCGGCGGAUGAGUUGAACAUCUCUCAGUCUCUGCUCAAAGCCCUGGAGUCAGACAGCGAUUCCCCUCCCUGGCCCUCGCUGCCCUCUCUUCACGUCAACAUCGACAAAAAGGGAGAGGAGAAGCAGCUGUCUGAAAAGUCUCUGCACCCCCCUGCCUCCCCGGCGAUGCUCCCUGACCACCUUAAAUGUAACAUCCUCAAAGCCCAGAUGGAGGCUGCCUUCAGGAAGGAAGCUCCGACAACGCCCAGAGGGAGGAACUCAAAUGAGACACUCAGUGACAGGUAUCAGAGUUCAUCCCAAGACUCAGCUGCGUCCAGCCUGACUGCCGACAAGGCGUCUCAUUGGCAGGAGCGCAACCCAACGCCGGACAGACUGCACCCCAACGCCAACCAGAGCACCAACCGCAGGAAACGACUGGUCAGACAGUUCAGCUUUAACCAUGAGGAUGAAGAUAAUCUCCCAGAAGCCCUUGCAGCCAUCUCCUUGCAGAGUACGGGAAAGUCAGCAUCCAGCUACUCACUGGACAAACAGAUACAGCCGUCCAUAUACCCACAGGUGGACAAUAUGCCAGCUCUGGAGCUGGGUAGUCCAUGCUGUCGCUCUCCUUCACCCUCCCCCCACCUCUCCCCCUCUUGCUACGGUAGCUCCAUCCCUCACCUGGUCCCUUACCCCGCCGCCCAUAGCGACAGCGGUGAGGAAACCAGGUUGGACAGAGAGAAGAUACUCAGAGCUCUCCUGAUGACCGAGCUCUGAGACCUUGACCCUUGACACCUUUGAUGGACAUUAGACUGGAGGCGUAAAAAAGAAGUCCCAAAGUCGCUGGCUGCAAUCAACAUUUGUAUAUUUGCAUAAUACAUUCAGCAAUUAUAAAUAUAUAUUUGCAUAAAGGCAAUUGUUAUAUUUGCUUAACUGUUAUUUUAGAAGGAUGGUUCUUUACAUUCUUUGGAUUAAAACUAUAAACUAUAGGCUAAGUGAGAGAAUCGAAUGGACACAUGCGCGCACAC